AUGGUUCUCUCUCAGGGAAAGUGCGGGGUCACUAAAGGUAUAUCCAUCUACCUAAUGUCCAUGGCAAUGGCGGAUCUACUGGCCGUUCUCUUCUGUGUCAUCAUCGAUGUACUCUGUUAUGAGUAUUUCCCAUUCUCCUUCCUCUUCUAUAGAGCGGUGUGUAGUGCAAAUGCCAUACUGGGCUAUGCUGCUAUUGACUGCUCCGUCUGGUUGACCAUCACUUUUACCUUUGACCGCUUUGUGGCCAUUUGCUGCCACAAUCUGAAAGCCAGAUAUUGCUCUGAGAAAACAGCAGCAGCCGUGGUAAGCACUGUUUGCCUGGUGAACAUUUUGAGGAACAUCCCAUUUUACUUUAAGUACCAACCAUAUGGCACAUGGGGUGGUGUACCCUGGGGCUGUGACAUCAGACCAGAGUUCUUCAUCUUGCCAGGAUGGGUGGCAUUUUUCUGGCUCCAUCACCGGCUGAACCCAUUGAUCCCCUACCUCCUGAUCCUGCUGUUCAAUGCUCUGACCGUCAGGCACAUUGUCUUGGCAAAUCGGGCACGCAGGGGUCUUCGAGCUCCCAGUAACAGGCACCAGAGAGGAGAUGCAGAGAUGGUCAACAGGCGGAAAUCCAUCAUCCUGCUGUUUGUUGUCUUGGGCAGUUUUAUAUUGUUGUGGAUGACCAAGGUCAGUGUUUUCUUACUGAUGGAGAUUACCAACAACCAUUUUUACCCGAGUUAUGACCAUCCUGAUAUGAUCGCUGAUAUAUCGGGGACUAUGCUCUUCUACCUGAGCUCCUGUACAAACACUACCCUUUAUGCUCUGACCCAGAGUAAAUUCAGAGAGGAGCUGAAGAGGACUCUGAAAUAUCCCUUCACUCUCAUCCGUGAAUGUAUCCCUACAUCAAAAUAA